AUGUUGCAUUUUGAUAGAAAGGAAAGAACUGAAGAGAAGGAGGAGCUCCAAGGGCAACAGUCAGAUAAGGGUCAGAUACCAUCUACGUCUGGAAUCCUAGUAUCUGCACCGGUACCAGCAGAAAUCGCUAUAAGAAAUGCACACGUAUUUCUUGCGACAGCUUUAGUCACGGUUCGUGAUAAAAAUGGUGUACGUCGACAAUGCAGGGCCAUCUUGGAUAGCGGCUCCCAGGUUAACUUCAUUUCGAGGAAAUAUGCAAACUUACUGCAGUUAACAUGCAAGAGGGCUUCAUUGCCAAUAAGUGGUAUUGGAGAUAAUCGUUUAAGAGCAAGGUCGUGUAGUGAGUUGAAAAUUGAAUCAAGAACUAGUGCAUUCAGUAUUACGAUUUCCUGUUAUGUAUUGCCUAAUAUCGUAGGAGAACUAGCGUCUUGUCCAGAACCAGCAGAUGGCUGGGGUAUACCAGGAUAUGUGUUUCCAUGUCUAGCUGAUCCGGACUUCGACCACCCGCAAGGUAUUGAUCUGCUGAUUGGAGGUGGCUCGUUCUUUGAUGUUUUGGGAACAAGAAAAAUACCAUUAAAUAUAGGUUCAGUUACCCUAUAUGAAAGCAAUUUCGGAUGGCUAGUGACGGGAGAACUUUCUAGCCAACAUGCACCAACACUUCUUUCAAUGGGCCAAACGAUAGAGGAAGAGUGGAAGGUUCUCAGUACCAUUGAGGAUGCAAGCUACGGCCGGACAUCGAGGGCGAAUAAGAGAAGUCAAGAAGAGCAGGAAACAGUCCAACAUUUUAAGCAAUAUACAACUCGUGAUGAAGAGGGGCGUUUCGUAGUAAGACUUCCCAUCAAGCAGAAAAUCAGUGAAUUGGGCGCAACAUUGCCUAUGGCGACCGCCCGGUUCCUGAAUGUUGAGAAAAGAUUGCAAAAUAAUGAGAACUUGAAGAAUGAGUACAUACGUUUUAUGAGUGAAUAUAUUGAAUUGGGACAUAUUAUGGUUGAAGUUUUGGAGAAUUCGAUUCAGACUCAGAAUCACUUUUAUCUACCGCACCAUUCGGUAACAAAGGCGUCAAGUUUGACAACAAAGGUCCGAGUAGUUUUCGACGCUUCGGCCAAGAGCGCAUCUGGUGUAUCCCUUAAUGAUGUAUUGAGAUGCGGUCCAACUGUCCAGCAAGAUUUAUUUUCAAUACUAGUCCGCUUCCGCAAGCAUCAAUUUGUCUUAACUUCCGACAUAGAAAAAAUGUUUCGGCAAAUAAAGGUGGGAAGAGAAGACUGGGACCUACAAAGAAUUGUUUGGAGAUCCAGCCCUGAAGAACUACUCCGUUCAUAUCAACUUACUACAGUCACGUACGGAACGACUCCUGCCUCAUUCUUGUCCACCUAUUGUCUUAUAGCACUCGCAGAAAGUGUCCAGAAUGACUACCCGAAGGCUUCAAAGGUGAUCACCGAAGAUUUUUACAUGGAUGAUCUAAUGACGGGAGCCGACACAGAGGAUGACUGCUGUCAAUUGCAAAGAGACGUCAGCACAGUGUUAGAUUCAGCAAAGUUACCGUUGAGGAAAUGGUGUUCCAAUUCCGAGUUGGUUCUUCAAAACAUGUCCAAGCGUGUUGAUGAUCCUUUGUUCGUAUUAAACAUAGGAGACGAUGAUACAGUCAAGUCACUGGGGUUACAAUGGAAGCCAGUCGCAGACCAUUUUCAAUAUGACAUCGUAUCACGAUCCACAGAAGGUCCGCUAUCUAAAAGAGCUAUACUCUCCGACCUGAACAGAAUCUUCGAUCCACUAGGAUUCCUGUCACCAGUUCUAGUGAAAGGGAAAAUAUUCCUACAAUAG